UCUUAAAGAGAUGGACAUUAAUUGAUGUGAAUCGGAGUCUAGUUAGUCAAUAUCCAGUGCAGGGUCUGGCAGAAUUUCUUUUUACAGGAGCUUGGAUACAGGUGGCAGCAGUUGAAACUGUAACAAUAUGAUUCUUGCAGACUGGAAAGAUGUGGAUACUGUCCCAGCAAGAACUCGAAAGUCUACUGUUAGUGGCUUCUGGUGUCUGACACUCGGAUUGGUUAUUCUUCUUUCUGGAUUGAUCUUGGGGACAGUCUACGUCUACAAGUAUUACUUUGUUGCUCGGCACCCACAGGAGAAUAUGUUUCACUGCAGGGUACUGUAUGAUGAAGACUCAGCCUAUGCACCAUUCAGAACUGGGAUGCAACUGGAAGAGGAUGUAAAAAUUUACCUGGAAGAUAAAGUGGAGUUGAUCAAUGUCCCUGUGCCCCAGUUCAAAGGUGGUGACGCUGCCGAUAUCAUCCAUGACUUCCAACGGAGGUUGACUGCAUAUCAUGACAUCUCUCUGGAUAAAUGCUAUGUCAUUGAACUGAACACCACCAUUGUAAUGCCACCUCGCAACCUAUGGGAAUUGCUUACCAAUGUGAAGAAGGGAACCUACCUCCCCCAGACUUAUGUUAUUCAUGAGGAGAUGGAAGUCAUAGAACAAGUCAGCAACAUGCAGCAAUUGGGUUCCUUUAUCUACCGACUGUGCAGUGGAAAAGAAACCUACAAGCUGAAACGCAGGAACGUUAAGAGAGCUAUUGAAAAGCGUGACAUCAAGAGCUGCCAGCGUAUAAGACACUUUGUAAAUGUAUUUGUGGUUGAAACAUCCAUUUGUGAAAAAGACUGAAGGCAUAAAGCCAAUUGCUUGCAGUAUCUAUGUUAUCAAGGCACAGCUGAUUGCGGUUAUUCUUGCACUCGAGAUCCAUCAUAUAUUAGUUUCUUGCACUCUUGUUCAUGUUUCAGUGAUGAUUCUGUAAUCCUGCUGUUUAAGUGGUCACAGUUGCAUUUUAACAUUGUAUUAGUUGCUUUCUACAAUCCAACGGCCUUUGUGCUGAUGAACAAAUCAGAAAAAUGGAUAGACUGUCCUCCCACCUUUUAAAUUGCAUGGCUGUAUUUGUUGAACAUUUCAAUCGAGAGUAUGUAUUUUACAACAUAAUUAACAAAUUUCAGUUGAAAAGACAAAGUAACAAAAAUGACUAUUUCAGCCAAAACGAGAGAAGAGAGAUGUACAUCUGAGCCAAAAAUGAGUGUUGCGUGUUCUUAUGUUGUAAAUGUAGCAUAGAAGUAAUGACAUGCCUGAAAGAAUAAAACGGAAUCAAAAUUUGA